AUGGUUAAUAAAGAAGAAGCUCAGAGAUUAAAAGAAUUAGGAAAUAAGUGCUUUCAAGAAGGAAAAUAUGAAGAAUCAAUAAAAUAUUUUAGUGAUGCUAUAACAAAUGAUCCAUUAGAUCAUGUAUUAUAUUCUAAUUUAUCAGGAGCUUUUUCAAGCUUAGGAAGAUUUUAUGAAGCUUUAGAGAGUGCAAAUAAAUGUAUUAGCAUAAAAAAGGAUUGGUCUAAAGGAUAUAUUAGAAAAGGGUGUGCUGAACAUGGAUUGAGACAAUUAUCAAAUGCAGAGAAAACAUAUUUAGAAGGUUUAAAAAUUGAUCCUAAUAAUAAAUCAUUACAAGAUGCAUUAUCUAAAGUUAGAAAUGAAAAUAUGUUAGAGAAUGCACAAUUAGUUGCACAUUUAAAUAAUAUUAUUGAGAAUGAUCCACAAUUAAAAUCUUAUAAAGAAGAAAAUAAUAACUAUCCAAAUGAACUAUUAAAUACUAUAAAAUCUAUCAAUAGUAACCCUAUGAAUAUACGUUUUAUUUUAUCUACUUGUCAUCCUAAAAUUAGUGAAGGUGUAGAGAAAUUUUUCGGAUUUAAAUUCAGUGCAGAAGGAAAUGAUCCAGAAGAAAGACAAAGACAGCAAAGAGAAGAAGAAGAGAGAAAAAAGAAAAAAGAAGAAGAAGAAAGAAAAAAAAAAGAAGAAGAAGAAAGGAAAAAACUAAAUCGUACUCCUGAACAAAUACAAGCAGAUGAACAUAAAUUAAAAGGUAAUGAAUUUUAUAAACAAAAAAAAUUUGAUGAAGCAUUAAAAGAAUAUGAACAAGCCAUAGAAAUUAAUCCAAAUGAUAUUAUGUAUCAUUAUAAUAAAGCAGCUGUAUAUAUUGAAAUGAAAAAUUAUGAAAAAGCUAUAGAAACAUGUUUAUAUGCUAUAGAAAAUAGAUAUAAUUUUAAAGCAGAAUUUGUUCAAGUUGCAAAAGUUUAUAAUAGAUUAGCUAUUAGUUAUAUUAAUAUGAAAAAAUAUGAUCAAGCAAUAGAAGCUUAUAGAAAAUCUCUAGUAGAAGAUAAUAAUAGAGCUACAAGAAAUGCAUUAAAAGAAUUAGAAAGAAGAAAAGAAAAAGAAGAAAAAGAAGCAUAUAUUGAUCCAAUUAAAGCUGAAGAACAUAAAAAUAAAGGAAAUGAAUAUUUUAAAAAUAAUGAUUUUCCAAAUGCUAAAAAAGAAUAUGAUGAAGCUAUAAGAAGAAAUCCAAAUGAUGCAAAAUUAUAUUCAAAUAGAGCAGCCGCUUUAACUAAAUUAAUAGAAUAUCCAUCAGCAUUAGAGGAUGUUAUUAAAGCAAUUGAAUUAGAUCCAAAUUUUGUUAAAGCAUAUAGUCGAAAAGGUAAUCUACAUUUCUUUAUGAAAGAUUAUUAUAAAGCUUUACAAGCAUAUAAUAAAGGUCUAGAAUUAGAUCCAAAUAAUAAAGAAUGCUUAGAAGGAUAUCAAAGAUGUGCAUUAAAAAUUGAUGAAAUGUCUAAAUCAGAAAAAGUUGAUGAAGAACAAUUUAAAAAAUCUAUGGCAGAUCCAGAAAUACAACAAAUUAUUUCAGACCCACAAUUUCAAAUCAUUCUACAAAAAUUAAAUGAAAAUCCUAAUUCUAUAUCGGAGUAUAUAAAGGAUCCAAAAAUAUUUAAUGGAUUACAAAAAUUGAUAGCUGCAGGAAUAUUGAAGGUACGAUAA